AUGACUGGACGCGGCAAGGGCGGCAAGGGCCUCGGAAAGGGAGGCGCCAAGCGUCACCGCAAGAUUCUUCGUGACAACAUUCAGGGUAUCACCAAGCCUGCUAUCCGUCGUCUCGCUCGUCGUGGCGGUGUCAAGCGUAUCUCUGCCAUGAUCUACGAGGAGACCCGUGGUGUCCUUAAGUCUUUCCUUGAAGGUGUCAUUCGUGACGCCGUCACCUACACUGAGCACGCCAAGCGCAAGACUGUCACUUCUCUGGAUGUCGUCUACGCGCUGAAGCGCCAAGGCCGCACCCUGUACGGUUUCGGUGGUUAA